GUUCGCAAUAGUUGCGCUAAGCGGUUCCUUUACCUGCUCUUCUCAUGGCGGUCAUGAGAUGAUCGCAACUGAUUUGUUCACGUACUCUUCCACUCUGGUCUAACGUACCGACCGCCCACGACCUCACCACGAUGGGCAUCUUCACGGUUGUGCGCGCAGCGGCGGCGGAACGCUUGUUAUCGAGCAGAAGAUCAAGUUCGACAUAUUCUACCGGCGAGCUGCCCAGCGUCCCUUCGGCGAACGGCGCGAAGUGGUACCCAGACCCUGCCAACCCCUCAUCGCUUCAGCGACCGCAGCCCGUCUCCUACGGCUCGACUUCGUCUCGGACACGGCGCAAUAGCGUACUCGAUCAAGUCCCCGAAGACACCACGGUCGAUUUUCAUGACCAGGGCGACGACCAGGCAGACGACGACUGGGAGCGCGAGGUCGAAGCAUCCCUCGAGUCCCAGGGCCUAUACAAGGGAUCCUACACCAGAGAGUUGCUGAGAUACAGCAUCGUCCCUCUCUCGACCAUCAUCUUCUUUGCUCUCGCCAUCGUUCCCCCACUCGUCUACCGCACGCAGGGCGACAACUCCUAUCCCUACACAUCCUACUUCCCCUAUCCCCUCCCAGAGCUGGCCCUGCCGGGUACCCUUUGGGUCUUGACCUAUGCGGUCAAGGGUCCCAUUUACGCCGCCUGUGCUACCCUCGCAGGAUUACGGGACUUGCCGCAGUACGCGUACACGCUGAUCGCUGGCGUCCUCCCGGUUCUCCUGCAUAGUGCGCUAUCCGUCACCCUGCGGUUGUUUGCGGCAUCCACCCUCCUCAUACAUGACUACGCCGUAUUCCCCGAACCCGAUCGCCUGGACCCAGCCUUCUAUCGUGCUUGGUGGGCAGGGGUGGGAUGGGCGGCAGCGGAGAGCAUUGUGGCCAUGACCCUCGGUUAUCGUGCAGUGUCGUGGUACCGGGACGUCUUGGUUGACCCCAAGGAUGUGCGACGGGGUGGGUCGGAGCGUGGUGCUUUCUACUUGCAGGGGCAGGAUGACGAUCAGCGUCCAGCAUCGCCUGACGGAUCCUCGCUGUCGGCCGGCUCUCCACGCUUGCCGGCGCAGGAGCCGCUCCUGCGAUCCUCGAGCGACGUUUCUGCGCAGGGCUCUGCAAGGGCGCUAACUGGCACAUUAUCCGAGGAGACGCUCGACCAGCUCAUCGAGCAGGACCUAGACGAGCUCAUCACGUUGAGGAAGAGGGAAGAGAUCGAAGAGCAAUACGGGAUGGCUUUUAUCCGCAUACCCAUCACCAUUCCCAUCCUGCAAAGGCUCAACUCCCUGCUCUUCUCCGUCGGUUCAAUCCUCCUCAUCAGCGCCGCUACCUUCCCGAAGAUCAAAGCUGUUGGCAUGUUCACUUUCGACCCCUACCGCCCUACCCACGUUGCGUUCACCAUAGCCAAGCACGCACCAGGGGACCCCUCGUCACCCUCGUCCGCCUCUCUGCCCCUUGCACCUAUCCUGGUGGCAGUAGCCUUCGCGCAUGCUGCGCCGACUAUCACUUCAGCCACUCUCAUUGGGCCGCAUGUUGCUGCCUAUGUGGGACUGCUGAUCAGCUUAGUGGUGCUCUUUGCGGGUUUGGGGGUUUGGGGCGCGUUGGAAUAAACGAUUCUACUUACAGUAAUGGCUUUACGACAUUGUUCAACUUUGUAUAAUUGUUGUUGCUUUCUUUGUUCAUUCUAGCAUCUCUUCACUAUUACACCUACUACUUAUGCUCAGCCCGUGACGGACACCGCUAAGGGAUGCCUUCCAAGGAACGCUGAACCUGAGCAAGUCAAACUGUG